GUAGCUCUGGAUUUCUGUGGUUAACUGCGUACUCCAGUUAGAUCCCCCGCACUGUACUAGUGAAUGCUGAUUAUCAUAAAUCACAAUUCUCAUUGCAAAUUCCAGAUCAUUGUUACAUAUUUAUCUUUAAUUGCUCGUCCACAGGCAUUUUAAAUAGACAUCAAGAACAGCUCGGUUGUACUGUGACUGUUAUUUCUGAAAUUGGAUCCAAGACGUGUUUUUGGAAAUCCACCUUAUAUGGAUAUACCAUUCAAAUAAAAUGACAUUCAGUCAAGCUCUUUUAUCAUUGCUUCUUCUUAAAUCACUUGGUGAAACUUUUACCAUAUUUGGCUACAGUAGCAUUUAAAGAUGCUUUCUCCAAUAUUACAAUCAGAAAUUCACUUCAUAAAUUUAAAGGGAUGGACGACAAUUGCUCGGGGCUGGGGGAAAAAAAGCUGCGCUCUGUCAAUAGAUUAUGACCGUAAAGCUCCUCCCUAUUUGUACCGAAAGCCAGUACAGUAAAUACGAUCCACUUUCUCAGCACCUAUUCCAGGGUUACUGGCGGACGCACAGUAAUAGUUCAUGUGUGUUGGUUAAUCAUCUAACCCAGUCAUUUUCAGAAGAGCAGAGAAACAGCCAGAAUAUUCCAGCUCUUGAAGACUCUUACUGCUCACUGUUCUCGGAUCGUAUUCCAGACACUUUCCAGUCCAGCCCUAGCCUCCCUCGUCAGUCUAUAUAUUCCACAGAGGGAAGCAGAGUGCAGAAUGGCUCAGUUCACCGUCCCAAGCUUUGCGAUGAAGGUUUCUCCCAACACGAAGGCCGAUACCAACGCUCUUCCACCGGGUUGGGAGGUUAAGAUUGACCCCCAGACCGGCUGGCCUUUCUUCGUCGACCACAACACCAGGACGACAACGUGGAGUGACCCGAGACUGGAGCCACAGAAGGAAAGACAGAGUUUUUCCAAUGGCCCUCAUCCAUCAGGAUAUCCACAAGCCUCACAGGAUCACACCAAACCGUGGCAUGGCAAGGAAUGUGGGACUUCUGGGCCUCAACUUCGUCCAGGCUACAUUCCCAUCCCAGUGAUCCAUGAAGGAGUUCCUGAAAAUUAUUUGCAGAAAGUACACUAUUCACCUCAGCAGCCUGACCUGCAGAGACUUAAAAGUGAAGGCCGGGCUCCCUCCCCAUUACGGGCACAGUCUCCAUCCAGGCACUCAGCAAGAGCUGAGUCACCGGCUGGGUCUCCAUUAGAAGCCACACAGGCAGAUAAACAAAGUGGACAAACAUCAGCAGCUGCCGCUACUCAGCCUCAAGGGUCGGAGAAUUCAUUGUUCCAGACUAGCCCCCAAACAUUUUCACCGCAGCAACAUAAUCGGUCAAAAUUAGGAAAUUCCCAACGGCCUUCAGGUUAUAUUUCUAUACCUGUGAUCCAUGAAGGGAUUGGAGCAAAGCCAACUCAACAAGUGUAUCCACCCUCUCAUCAGACACAGUACCCAAACCAACAUACCCAGCACCCAGUGCAGCAGGCUCAGUACCCAACACAACAAACACGUCACCCUGUACAUCAGGCGGAGUACCCAAUCCAGCAAGCGCAUCACCCUGGCCAACCUGCACAGUACCCUUCCCAGCCAACACAGUAUACGGUCCAGCAACAACACCCGGCUACCUACAAGGUUGCUCCUGAUGACUGGGGAACAACCAGAGCUAGGGCACAGUCACCAUUAAGAAUGACUCAAAAGGAAGCAUCAAGUCGUGAGAGCUCUCCAGCUCGGAUGUCGACACAGUGUCGAUCACAAUCACCCAUGGAGAGACCACAGGUUGCCCAGCAACGGAUACAGCAUCAAGAGCCACCCAGAAUGCAACAAGAGAACAAGGCUAGUUCCUCUGGAUCAGAGCGUCCUCCAGCAUAUAUUCCAAUUCAAGUCAUCAGGCAGCAACCACAUAAACCUCAGCCUAGACCCGAGAAAGCUGAGAGGAGUACUCCAUCCCCUGCACCAGGCAGCACCCAGCUUGAAGAGAGUGUGCCUGAAAAGCCCAUUGCCACUGAAGCAGCUCAGAAGCACCCUGGCCUGACAAAGGUGGAGAAAAUCCUUCAGAAAGUCCAGAGGCUUGAGGAAGAUGUGAGUUUAUUUGAAGGAACGGGAACAGAUAAACACUACUUGUUGAUUGAAGAACUGCUGACCAAAGAGCUGCUGGCCCUUGAUUCCGUAGACCCUGAGGGUCGGGAUGAUGUCCGACAAGCCAGAAGGGAUGGUGUGAAGAAGGUUCAAAACCUUCUAGAAAUGCUGGAACAAAAGCCAGUAUGGGCACAGAAGACAAAGGCUUUUCUGAGCUUCAGCUGGGAAAUACUGAAGGAUCAACUCAGAUGGAUUCUAUAGAACAAG